CACACCUCCACCACCAGCUGCGUUGGUGACGGUGGCAGCGGUGCUGGUGGUAGAGAUGAUGGUGGUGGUGGUGGGGAUUACGAUGAUGACGACGACGACGAUGAGAGUGAUGAUGGUGACCGGGACGUGCCUGUGAGCAAGGCUUCGAGGAGAGGAGCAGUUGGACGCUUAGGAGUGAAGCACUUACUCCGGCGGUACAUAUACUAACAUUGGAACGAUACAGAGAAGCACUUGAGUGGUUUCAGUUCAGCCAGAGAGGAUCGAGUCCAGACAACAGAAGCCGACGGUCCGCUCGAGAGGACCGCGUGGUGGGCCCCCGUGAUUGCCGGCCACCACGAUGGCGUGGCCCAGCCCUGGAGGCCCCAUGGAGACCUUCUCGCCGAUGUCGCCGCUCUGCUCGGCUCUCGACGUCUGGGAGGACGGUCGCGGCGGCGGCGGCGGCGGCCCCCCGGGGCCCGACCCGCGAGCGCGUGAGAGCCAGCGCCUGGCCAUCGACGCCCUGGUGGAGCAGGGCCCCGCGGCCUACCGGGACUUCCUCCGCCACGAGGGCCUGCCGGCCUUCCUCUCCGAGCCCGAGGUGGAGCACAUCGUGCUGCACCACCAGCGGCCCGCGCUGCACAGUCACAGCGGCCCCGCCGCGGCCUCCGGCUUGCUGUCCCUCAUGGCCGCGCCGCGCAGACACGACGCCAAUGGCCUCCACGGCGAGAUGGGGCUGGUACUGGCCGGCGGCGGUGGCCGUGGCGAGGAGGAGAACGGCGAGGACGAGGAGGACAUGGGCUCGGGGACGUACUGGCCCGUCUUCUCCGACGUGACGGUGCCCGAGCUGGAGCUGGGCUGGCCGAACGUGGCGCGCAGCCUCGGCACCACCGUCUCCUGCUACUUCCAGCCGCCGCUCGAGGAGGGCGAGCCCAGCAUCAAGGAGGUGGUGCGCAAGCUCAUCCGCGGCGCCACCAAGGUGGUGGCGGUGGCCAUGGACGUGUUCUCCGACGUGGACCUCUUCUCGGAGCUCGUGGAGGUGAGCGGCCCCACGCGCCGCGUCCCCGUCUACCUGGUGCUCGACGCCAUCGCCUUCCCCCUCUUCUGGGACAUGUGCAGCGGCAUGCGGCUCCGCGCGCGCGACCUGCAGAACAUGCGCAUCCGCAUGCUCAACGGCACGUCGUACUGCUGCAAGUCGGGCGUCAAGAUCCGCGGCCAGAGUCUGGAGAGGACGCUGCUGGUCGACGCUCACACCGUGCUGUCGGGAUCCUACGGGUUCUCGUGGUCGUACGAGAAGCUCCACCGGAGCGUUGUGCACGUGUUCGAGGGCGAGGCAGUGCGCGUCUUCGACGACCGCUUCCGCGUCCUCUACGCGCACUCCCAGCCCGUCGACGCUGCCCGCCUGCUGCAGCCUCGGCCCGUGCCCCGUGGCGGCCCCGACCGCCUGGCGAUCGCCGCCACGGCCGCCGGCGCCGGCCGCUUCGGCCCCGCGCUCGACUGGCUCGACCCGUGGCAGCGCCGACAGCAGGGCCAGCCGCCGGGCCCGCCAGGCCAGUUGGGCUUGCCGGGCCUCCCCGCCGCCGGUUCGUACGGCUCCUCCGGCGGCCUCUCCCUGGGGCCCGGCGACCGCCUGCGCUACACCCGGCAGCAGCACAACCACCAGCAGCAGCAGCACGAGGCCGACACGUGGGCCCUCGGCGCCAGUGGGUGGCCUGCGAACAACAGUAGAGCGGUGGGACACUUCGAGGGAGAGACUCUGAGCGUGCGUCACCACCACCGCCAGCAGCUGCACCAGCAGCAGCAGCAGCGCGUGUUCGCCCGGCAGGUGGUGGUGGAGGACGCGGAGGUCGGGUGGCGGCGAGGGGAGGCCCUGCGCGGAGGAGGCGGUGGCGGAGCGGCGGCCAUCGCUUUCUCCCGGCAGCAGCAGCAGCAGCAGCUGCACGUGGAGUCGAAUGUCACGGCGCACGCGGACGAGUCUGUGCGCCGGCGCCUGUUCCGGGCCGAGUGGGCGCAGCGGCACGAGGAGAGCCGCGUGCUGGAGGCCCGCUUCGCCCUGGGGGACUCGGGCGGCCUGCGCGACUUCAUCGUGCAGCAGCAGCAGCAGCAGCAACAGCAGCUGCAGAUUCACGUGCCGCUGGGCCUCGAUUGGGCCCAGCAGCGAGGCCUGGGGAAGCCCUGGGAGGAGCGGCGGUGGAACGGCAACGAGCAGCAGGAGGAGGUGGUGGCGGGGGCGGCGCCGGGCCCCUUCCGGAGGACUCUCCCCCUGCACGACGAGGGUGCCGCGUUGAUGCGGGACCUGCGCGGCCUACGGGGUCCGCGGGGUCUCCGGGGACCCCACGGGGAGGAGUCCGAGGACCCCGGGCGGAACCAACGGCGCCGCUCGCCGCCGUGGGACGAGCCGCGCCAGGCCCCCGAGGUUCCCCUCUCAUUGGCCACCCCCGAGCCGCCGGGACGGGGCCUCCUGUCGCGCUGGAGCAGCGAGCUCAAGGUGGCCCAGGGAGGCGCCGCCGAGGGGGCGGGACAGCGGCUGCCCGGCGACGGCAUGGCCGACUCGAGCUUCAGGAGACCCGGCAGGAAGCCGCACGAGGUGGCGGCGCCGCUGCCCGGCGUCGGCGUCGGGCGUGAGAAGGACGUCCCGGGCCGGGAGGCGACCCCGGCCCUCCCCGGACUUCCCGAGAAGGGUUCGCAGCCAGCGAGCACGGCCCUGCUGAGCCGCGGCAAGAUGAGCCCCCUGCUGCAGCAGAACUCGCGCCUCCGCUCGUCGCUCAUCUACACCAACGCGCCGGCGCCGCGAGGGCUCGCCGCUGCGGCCGACGGGGAUGCCGCAGACCCCGCGGGCGUCGGAGCGACGAAGGGGGUCGCCGUCGGGGAGGCGGAGAGAGCUGGCGCGAAGCAGGAGGAGGCAAAGGUCGGCGGCGUUGGGGAACCGAGGAUCAGGGGUGUCGGCGAGCCGGGCGGUGAAGCGAGGAGAGGGGCCAUCGAGGAAUUCAGGAGGGGUGGCGUCGGCGAGAUGCCGGCGCCGCUACGGCAGACGAGCAGCAGGGAGCCCGGGAGAGCGGUGGGCGGCCCAGACGACACUCGAGCCGCGGGGUUGGAGCAGAGCGGCCGUGGCCUUGCGCGGGCCGACCCCCCGCCUCCUCUUUCUUCUCCUCGGGCUCUCGGCCUUGUCCUCCCGGCCCUGGAGGUCGCCAAGGCUCGGGCCCUGCAGCGCGACCCCUCGCCCCGUGACCCCUUGCCACGUGACCCCUCACCCCGCGACCCCUUGCCCCGUGACCCCUUGCCCCGUGACCCCUUGCCCCGUGACCCCUUGCCCCGCGACCCCUUGCCCCGCGACCCCCCGGCCGUCGUGGAGGCCGUGCGCCCCAAGGCAGCCCCCACGGGCUCCGUGUUCUACCGCUCGCUCUACCUUAAGCCGGGGGGCACCACGGAGGCCGCGCAGCCCCAGCAGCUGGAGGUACCAGCUCGCUCCCCGAUCAGGGAACCCACGUCCAAGCUGCUGGCUCCGUCUCCUUCGCCGCCGUGUCCCAUCUCGCCAACCAGCCCGGCGGUCACGGGCAGCGCCGGCACGGAGCUCAGAACCGGGAGCGGCACCAGCGGUGCCGGUGGCAUUGGCGGUGGCGGUGGCGGCGGUGCAGGUACCAACGUUGCUACUGUGAGUGGAGGUCGGAGCGGCGCUGCUACCGGUGCCGCUGGUACCACCACCACCACCAGCAGCAGUCCGCUGUCCCCGCCGCCAGCGGGCCCGAUUGGCGCGCCAUCCAACGGGAAUGUGGCGCAAAACUCUGGCCAGCUGGUGCGCAAGCUGGAGGACAUGCGCAAGGAAGGGCGCGCGUUCAGCUGCUACGAGGCCCUGCUGCGGCCGGGCACGAACGAUCAGCAGCAGGCGGAGCAGAAGAGGCAGGAGGAGGAGCGGAAGAGGCAGGAGGAGGAACGGAAGAAGAAGGAGGAGGAGGAGCAGAAGAAGCAGGAGGAACGGGAACAGAAAGAGAAGCAGGAGCAGGAACAGAAACAGCAGAGGGAGUCGGCGGUGGCCGCUUCUGAUGCCGGGGGCGCCGCUCCGGUGCGCCGUGGGAGCGACGGCCCAUACCAGCGCGGCCCCUCCUCUCUGCGGCCACUGGGCAACUUGACAGCGCGGGCGCCCGUGGGCAACUCGUACAACCCCACUUAUUACACGUGGCGGCGUUGGUGAGACGCUGGCGGCGAUGGGCGCGGAGGGGAGAGCGGCGCGGGGACGUGGGGGGGACACGGUGGCAGCGGGCGAGAGAACACCACGCGGCCCCCCACAGCGGCCCCCCACAGCAGCUCCGAUCAGCGCGGUUGGCCACGUGCGGCGCGAAAGAAGUUCAACAUACAGUACAACAUGCGUGCGUGCCAUGUUGGCAGCGACGGAGCGAACAGGAGCAGUGACGCCAGUGUCGUGUUACCAGUCUCCCCCCCCCCCCCCAAUGCUAUUGUAUCGGACCUGCCCUUCACGCACUGUUGAUUAAAUGACAAUAUUUGGGUAUGCUGUUGAUGUAGGAAGAUCGUGGACAUCGCUUGACGUCAUCCGCGUGAGCCGGGGGUCAUUGGCGAGCUUGGCUUCGGCGCACACGGUCAGGGUGGACAAAGAAGGGCUCCAUCACUUCCCAAAGAUUUCCCGGACCGAGGAAUUGCACGCACAGGAAGAAGCGGGAGAGAGGGAGGGCCAGCUCAGUAGCGUUCCGACGUCUCUGGACCUACAGACCACUCACUGUCAGCCCUCGCCACCGCGCACCGAUAACGACUGUAGAUCAGAAUGUUUAUUUAUACUGGAGGAUAUUAAAAAAAUAUCCAAAUAAAACCAUUUGUAUCUUCCCAGGUAAGGCCCACUCAGCUAUGAGCUUCUUUUUCAGAAGCGACCUGGCCACAAAUGAUAGCUCAACGAAGUGGCUUAUCGUGUGGAAAUUGACAGCAGCAAAAUUAUCGAAAUAAUCUAAACGCGCGAUGUUGAUUCUAAAUGUGGAGGGAAAAACCGGAGGACCCGGAUAAAAAUCCACGCGACCACGGGGAGAACAUGAGAUCGAACCCACGACCUCCUGUAUACUGGACAAGGUAGUUAACAUCUCCUAACCACCGUGAUGAUGAUGAGAAAGAGAAACACGCAAACUCCAAAUAUACAGCAGCAGGCGUCAGGGUCGGGAUCGAACCCACGACCUCCUGUAGACCAGGCGAGGUAGUUAACAUCUCCUAGCCACCGUAAUGAUGAUGAUGAUGAGAAAGAGAAACACGCAAACUCCAAAUAUACAGCAGCAGGCGUCAGGGUCGGGAUCGAAUCCACGGCCUCCUGCGUACUGGGCAAGGUAGUUAACAUCUCCUAGCCACUGUGGCGCCCCACACCACACCAGGUGCUCAUUUGAGGCUUAGUUGACCUAAUCACAAUUCAGAAAGGCAACUUCGUUCACAUCAACUCUCUAUAUAUUAGUUUCCCGUGCGCACGCGGCGAUUAUUUUGUAUUCACGUCCGCCAGCCUUCUCGCGUUCGACCGGGCCGAUUCUUCUCCUUAAGGUUGGGAGGAGUGGUGGCACAGUGGUUAGCGCGAUGCUAUGCCAACCCGGUCACCUGAGCAACCUGAGUUCGAUCCCUGCCCAUGGCUACCAUCAACGGCGAUGUCAGAACCGGACCUACCCGCUACCCCACACCUCGCCCCCCCCCCCCACCCCUUCACCAACGGCGACUGACCAGCGUGGUGAAGUAUGGUCAAACGCCGCCCCAUGACUGACACGGGCAGGGAAGGUCAUCAUCCAGCAGUGGAUUAUCAAAGCGCUGUCAAUAAUAAUUAUUGUUGUUGCAUUAAGAGCAAGUUUUUUUCUGCAUCACAGACUACGCGAGUCAAAUGCGUUUUAACGACCCGGCAUUCUAACUCAACGUUGCCCAACGUUGGCGCGUGACGUCGUGUUAUUUUGCUAUAGGCGACUGUAAAAUAGUGAACGCGUGUUCGGUCACACGGCUGAUGGCAACAAGGAGUGAUUGCUGUUGUUAUUUGGUUGUUGUUGUUGUUGUGGCUAUAGCCGGUGGUGGCAGUGGUACUGGCUCAUUAGUGAGACGACGGGAGAUGCAGACAGAUGAGAGAUGACAGAGAUGUAGAUGAGAGAUGCGUGCAGCGAGAGGAGAGACACACGAGAGAUGAUGGAGUCGAGACGAGAGAGAUGUCACCAGCUGAUACUGACACAGACUCGAGUGGGACGAGAGAGGUCACGUGCGUGUUGCGUCGAUUAACGCGUUAUGUUUAAUUGUUGCGAUUUUAAUUGGACAUCACAUUUGGAUCACCCGCUGUCGUUUCCAUGACUCGGGGACAUCUUGUUUGCGUCCCUAAGCAUUUUAGUCCGUGGGGCCAGAGUAGCAACAACGUAGCAGCAACUAAACUCAACUAUUGUUUUUAUUGUACCAGGUGAGGCCCCCCCCAGGUAAGGCGCGGCUCAUUAUCACGUGGACGUUUAGACAAGCAGCCAAAUACUCGAAACGCGUCUCGAUUCUAAAUGUGGAGGGGGAAACCGGAGGACCCGGAUAAAAAAAUCCACACGACUUUGGGGAGAGAAUCCACGCAAACUACAAACAUACAGCAGCAGGCGUCCGGGUCGGGUUGGAACCCACGACCUCCUGUAUACCAGACGAGGUAGUUAACAUCUCCUCGCCAUCGUGAUGAUGAUGAGAGAGAGACACGCAAACUACAAACAUACAGCAGCAGGCGUCCGGGUCGGGUUGGAACCCACGACCUCCUGUAUACCAGGCGAGGUAGUUAACAUCUCCUAGCCACCGUGAUGAUGAUGAGAGAGAGACACGCAAACUCCAAAUAUGCAGCAGCAGGCGUCCGGGUCGGGUUGGAAUCCACGACCUCCUGUAUACCAGACGAGGCAGUUAACAUCUCCUCGCCACCGUGAUGAUGAUGAUGAUGAGAGAGAGACACGCAAACUCCAAAUAUGCAGCAGCAGGCGUCCGGGUCGGGUUGGAAUCCACGACCUCCUGUAUACCAGACGAGGCAGUUAACAUCUCCUCGCCACCGUGAUGAUGAUGAUGAUGAGAGAGAGACACGCAAACUCCAAAUAUGCAGCAGCAGGCGUCCGGGUCGGGUUGGAAUCCACGACCUCCUGUAUACCAGACGAGGCAGUUAACAUCUCCUCGCCACCGUGAUGAUGAUGAUGAUGAGAGAGAGACACGCAAACUCCAAAUAUGCAGCAGCAGGCGUCCGGGUCGGGUUGGAACCCACGACCUCCUGUAUACCAGGCGAGGUAGUUAACAUCUCCUAGCCACCGUGAUGAUGAUGAGAGAGAGACACGCAAACUCCAAAUAUGCAGCAGCAGGCGUCCGGGUCGGGUUGGAACCCACGACCUCCUGUAUACCAGACGAGGCAGUUAACAUCUCCUCGCCACCGUGAUGAUGAUGAGAGAGAGACACACAAACUCCAAAUAUGCAGCAGCAGGCGUCCGGGUCGGGUUGGAACCCACGACCUCCUGUAUACCAGGCGAUGUAGUUAACAUCCCUCUGCACGGCCAAUGCUAAUGAAUGCACAGAACCUGAUGGCACAACUCAUUUCAAAUGAUUAUCGCAUAACUCGGUGGUAUUGGCCAAAGAGAGAGAGAGAGAGAUCGAUGCCAGGCCACGCAACUGCAUGAUCACAUCCCAGCGUGGCCUUUGGCCGGGGGUGGGAGGGUGAUUGCAUCAUAUUUUCGCGGCAUUGAUUUCAGGACAAGCAAAAACGCCGUGCAGACCAGCCGGUUUCGACGCGCCAGUGUCUCAUCGGCAGACGGUCAAACAAGGAGGGCUUCUAAAUUUCGAUGUAAAGCUUUCGUGACUGCAGGGAUUCAUCUUCUUGGUUCUUUCGGUAAAGUCACGUAGAAGGGAAGAAUGAGGACGGCUGCUUGCGUUGUGGCCGAAACGUCGUGAGAAUUAUUAUUUUACUAUGUUUUAUUUUUAUUAUUUUAUUAUUUCCCUUCUACGUGACUUUACCGAAAGAAUCAAGAAGAAGGAGGGGCUUCGCUUUGCAUGUUUUGACUCGGUGCUGCCCCCUGAAAUGAUUCGCUAUCCCACAAGGUCGUGGGCCAGGCUGAUGGUUGAAGUGUGAGAAAUGCCCCGGUUAUGUUUCUAAUGGUGGAAGGGAAGAGAGGGGGGUGUGAAGGUAGACAAGCGAUGGCCGUGUGUUUAUGUCCCAGGGCCCUACUGUCACAUAGGCCGCAGUAACCACUGUGCCUAGGUCCUACGGAAACUAAAAAGGGACCUGCGAAACGAAAAAUUGCCCCAUGUGUGUGUUUUUAAGUUGUUUAUAUGAUAAAAAAAAUGCAACCCAAGAUAUUUUCUUGAAUAAAUAUAUUUUUAUAUAGCAAGGAUAGUGCCACAGUGUAUAUACAAAGACGCAGAGUCAUGUAAAAAAAUGUUCAUAAGGUGCAAAAUUAGAAAACAACACCGCCACUCGUUUAAGGUUGAGCCGACCUAGGGGGAGGGCCUUUGACCGGUUUAGAACAAUUGUUGCUGUGAGCGAGCACCUAUGCCCCAAGGUCAAAAUACCAUGCACGUGUGCUCGCUAACAGCCACACACAAAAAGACAAAGAUCCCCCGUAUAGCCUUAACAGACUGUAGGGGCAAGUGCUGUUAGCGAGCACCUAUCAAGGUCGGAACGGUACACGAGGAGGUGGGUGGCCAGCACCACGCCCGACCGCCUUUGUCUCCCCAGUGGUGAUGUUUAUACGCACAUUUCUGGCCGACUCGACCUAGGGGAGGCCCAGGACCGGUUUAGAUAAUCGUCACUGGGUGUUGGCCGUGAGCAGGAAUCGAACCCGGGUCGCCAGGUUCAUAGCGCAGCGUAGUGCUAACCACUACACCACCGCUCCCCACACACACUCUCACACACACUGACACUCACAUGCUCUCACAAACACACUACAUACACGGAACAAACGAGACGGAACAAACGGAAUGGAACUAACGAGAGGAACAGUAAGGAGAUGGAACAAACGAGACGGAACAACUUCCACGGAUCGAAACACCUCGGGACAUAACUCACCAGACACGAGACGGCGACGAACGCGACAAAAACGAACGUCUUCAUGAAGAAGGGGCAUUCCCCGAAACGUCGCCUAUUAUAAACAACGAGUCCUCGUUUCAUGCGGUAGAUGCGUUCCUGAAAAGCGCCGCGUUCAGUGAAAACAAUAACCCUCCAAAUGACGUAAAGUUUGGCGAGAUUCCGUGAACGCACACGCAGUGAGAUGGCGCGGUGAACUUUUUCCAAAAAACACAGGAUGAGAUGGUACUAUCCUUUGUGCAAGCACUUCCAAGAGUUCAUGAACAGUGAGCCUGGUGAAAUUUGGGGAGCGCAUCGUCAGUAGUGAACCUUUGGUUCCUAGGGUGUUUCGGCCUUUCACACUAUACACGCUCCCCAAAGGCGGCCAGCGACAGGGUGAUCAAUCCUACACUUGCGUCCCAUUCCCAAUUAGUCAUAGGAGUUGCCUUGUUGGGACUAUGCAUGGCAGGGGCGUCCUCCUCCCUGAGUCAAGCAUUGUUGACUGCAUACCUCCUGGCCCUCUCACUUUGGGGCCCAGCUGGGGUCUUUCCUCUUCAUUCAGAGCCACUGACUGCUGCCUUCUGCCGCCUCCGAUACAGCUCUGAUUGCCGAACGCUGGCUCUGGCCCUUAAUUCCCAGGUCUCUAAGCAGUCUGGUUGUAGAUGUUGCCACAAAACCUCUGCAGCCCACCUCCACUGGUCGGACUUUUGUGUUCCAGCCAUGAUGCCGUGCUUCGGCAGCUAGAUCGGCAUAGCGCAGAUGUUUUCGCUCAUAAGCCUCAUCUACUGAGUCCUCCCAGGAUACUGUGAGCUCAAUGAUGAAGACCUUCUUGAGCGAACGGGACCAGAGCACCAUGUCAGGUCUUAGGGUGGUGGUUGCGAUCUCCGGAGGAAACACAAGUUGCCGGCCAAUGUCAGCUAGCAUUUUCCAGUCGCGGGCCAAGCGCAGCUGGUCUCGCUCUAAUGGUGUAGAGCCGCUCUUCGGUGUUUUAGCCCCUUCGCGGGCAAAGGUCGUCCGUAAGGAAUGUGAUGCUGCUGGGGGUGGUAGGGAGUUGGUGGCAGCUCGCUUGUCCUCCAGGGCGGACGAAAGGUUUUUAAGGACUUGGUUGUGACGCCAAGUGUAGCGUCCUUGGGUGAGGCUUGUUUUACACCCUGUGAGAAUGUGCCUGAGGUUGGCUGGCAUGGAACAGAGGGCACAGUCCGGAUCUUCACCAUACCAUUGGUGAAGAUUAACUGGUGUUGGAAGGACGUCAUAUGUUGCUCUGAUGGAAAAGCUCAACCGCCUCGUUUCCAUGGCCCACAGAUCCUUCCAGCUGAUCUUCCUCUUCUCCACACUGUCCCAUCGAGUCCACUGUCCCUGUUUGGCAAGAGAGACUGCCUUGGCCCACCUUGCAGCCUCCUCCUGAUGGCGUACUUCCUGCACUACCAUCUUCCGCCGCUCUGGUGCAGUGGCCUUACUCCAAGCAGCACGGCUAGUUAGCCCAAGGCCUCCUCUCCCUUGCUGAACAUGACCCACAAUGUCAGCAUGUCUGAGGGCUGCUGUUGCCUCCUGGACUGCUUUCCCUGGCCUCCAUUUGCGCCCAGUUGCCAAGGUCGGCGCGUUGUUGCUCACCACUGGGUCUCGAGAUUCAUUCAGUGUCAUCUGGAGCCUGGUUUUUGCACACUUGAAUUCCUCUGUUAGACUGGUGAGGGGCAGCUUGAGGACACCAUCUCCAUAGAGGCCUAUGGUGGUAAGGCAUCGUGGAACUCCGAGCCACUUCUUUAAGUAGCUCGUGACUCCUCUUUCCAUCUUCUCCACUGUUGAGAUUGGAACCUCAUACACUGCUAGGGGCCACAACACCCGAGGUAGGAGACCAAACUGCAGACACCAGGCCUUUAACUUUCCAGGUAGCUGGGUGUUGUCGAUGGACUGUAGGCUACUACUGAUGUCUUUGCGCAGCUGUUGCACCUGGUCUUUGUCCUUCAGGCUUGCAUCAUACCACCUUCCAAGGCUUUUUACCGGCUGCUCAGACACUGUUGGGAUUUGGUCAUCUCCGAUGAAGAAUUUCAGGUCACAGAGUACUCCCUUCACAAUCGAGAUGCUGCGUGACUUGGAUGGUUUAAUCUUCAUACGGGCCCAGCUGAUGUUCUCCUCGAGUUUUCUGAGCAGUCUCCUGGUGCAUGGGACAGUGGUGGUCAAUGUUGUAAUGUCGUCCAUGUAGACUCUGAGUGGAGGAAUAACCGAGAGUAUGCCGCCGCGUUACUGGAUCAUUUCGCGUUCGUGUAUUGCACCACUCAGCCGCGCAACUCAAGAGAGUAGUUCGACGUAGACUGCUCUGAAACCGCGUUAUAACGGAGCGCGUUAUAACAUAAUGUCGUCUUGGUUCUUUCGGUAAAGUCACG